UAACUCGGUAUCCUUCUUCACUGUAAAUUAGUCCUUUAUCCAAUGCCUGUGAAUGUGAUUUCACGUUGAACUAGGCAGCCUGAAAAAAUGGCACUGGCAAUCCCACCAAAUCAUCGUCCUCCUCCUCCUCCUCAUCAUAAUCUCCCUAUUACAUUCAACACCAGUAAUGGAGACUCUCUCUCACCCAGCCACCACAGCCGUCUUCUCCACUUGUUGAAUCAAUGUACGUCCAUGUCUCAGCUGAAACAAAUACACGCUCACACCCUACGCACCACAUCCACCACAAACCCACACACCCUCUUCCUCCACAGCCGAAUCCUCCACUUCUCAUCCCUAACCGAUAUCCGCUACGCCUUUCGGGUUUUCAAUCAGAUUGAGAGUCCCAACUCUUUCACCUGGAACACCCUCAUCAGGGGUUGCGCUCGAAUCUCUGGGCUCGAAAACCAGGCUAUACUACUCUACUGUAAAAUGUUAUCACAAGGAGUUGCUCUGCCGGAUGAGUAUACCUUCCCCUUUGUUCUCAGAGCUUGUGCUUACUUGUUUGCCUUACCGGAAGGAAAACAAGCGCAUGCUCAUGUUGUCAAGCUUGGGUUUUGUUCAGACGUUUAUAUCGGCAAUAGUCUGAUUCAUCUGUAUGCUUCCUGUGGGUGUUUGGAUUACGCACAGAAGGUGUUUGAGAAAAUGUAUGAGAGAAGCCUUGUGUCGUGGAAUGUUAUGAUUGAUUCUUUGGUUGGGGCUGGCGAGUUUGAGAGUUCGCUCAAAGUGUUUGGUCAGAUGCAGAGGCUGUUUGAGCCUGAUGGGUAUACAAUGCAGAGUGUUAUAAAUGCUUGUGCUGGUUUGGGGGCUUUGGAUUUGGGAAUUUGGGCUCAUGCUUAUGUGUUGAGGAAGUGUGGUAAUGCUGUAGCCAGCAAUGUUUUGGUGAACUCUUCGUUGGUUGAUAUGUAUUGCAAAUGUGGGUCCUUGGAUAUGGCUCUCCAAGUGUUUGAGGGAAUGCCGAAACGUGAUGUGAUUACAUGGAAUUAUAUGAUUCUGGGAUUUGCCAUGCAUGGAAAAGCUGAGGCAGCCUUAAAGUGUUUUGAUCGUAUGGUUAAUAUGGAGAGUUGUAAGCCGAAUUCCAUCACAUUUGUUGGUGUUUUGAGUGCAUGCAAUCACAGAGGCAUGGUUAACGAAGGUCGUAAGUUCUUUAAUGUUAUGGUAAAAGAGUACAAGAUUGAACCGCGAUUAGAGCACUACGGGUGCCUAGUUGAUCUUCUUGCACGUGCUGGUUUCAUUGACGAAGCUUUGAAUUUGGUGACAACAAUGCCUGUGAAGCCUGAUGCUGUAAUAUGGAGGAGUCUUCUUGAUGCCUGCAGUAGGCAACAGCAUGCCAGCAUUGAGCUAAGUGAAGAAGUGGCCAGGCAGAUUCUUGAGUCUGGAGGAGAGGAUGUUUCUAGUGGUGUUUAUGUGUUAUUGUCAAGAGUCUAUGCUUCAGCUAGCCGCUGGAAUGACGUCGGAUCAAUUCGGAAAUUGAUGACAGAGGAGGGUAUAGCCAAAGAGCCUGGCUGUAGUUUAAUAGACAUAGAUGGUAUUACGCAUGAAUUCUUUGCCGGGGACACAUCUCAUCCUCAUAGUAGAGAAAUAUAUCAGGUCUUGGAUGCGAUGAAGGAAAGACUCAAAUAGGGUACUCUCCUGAGUCCUGACUAUUCACAGGCAUCCGUGGUUGAUCAGAAGAGUGAUGGAAAACAACACUCAUCAUUGAUCUAGGGCUUCACAGCUCGACAAUAGGCAUUGCCUUUGUGCUCCACAUGUACUUUCCAGAAUCUUAAUGCAAUGAACGCCACAAAUUGACCAAAUGGAUCUCAAAGAUGUUUACUGUGGAGUUUACAGUGGUAAACAUGCUUGAUUCCAUCACUUUAAAGAUAGCAUCUGCUCCUGUCUGGGUUAUUGUCUUCCAUCUUGAACCUGUGGAACUCCAGUGAACAGAAUGCUUGUGAUCACUUUGAGAGAUUAAGUGGACUGAGGGGCCUGCUUGGGGUGACUUAAUUGGUAAAGUAUGUAGGCAGAGGUUAUUGUUUUAGUAUUACGCUGUAUGAGCAGCUGCUUCUCAAUGUCUUCGAUAUGUUGGAUAAGCGAAAGCCGAAAGCUAACUAAGGGAUCUGGCAGGGCUUGAAGCCUCUUGGAGCAAAGGCGAAGGAAGAAUGCUGCAAAAGACCACAAUACAUCCAUACCGUAGGUCUGACAUCACUGGGUAGCAAAUUCAAUUGGUAGUACCGCGGUGUAGAACUGUUGAAGCAGCACAAUUUUUAUCUUGUACUUAACAUGGGGUUUUUCCUUGAGCUGUAAACUUUUUGGAAAGGAAAAGCAAGACACCAAAACAAAAGCUUAUUAGUGGUUAUAUGGUUGUGUGGAUUUGGAUGUCUUUGCCAGAUCAUGUGUACGACGAUGGAGCUACUCACAUUACUAGAAAAGAUAUCAGUGUAGUAUAA